UUGAACCAGCAGUGGAAUCGGACAGAAGAAUAUAACCGGAGGACUGACACAAUCUCGGGACGAGAAUAAAACUAUAACAUUUUUGAAAUUCUCGCGACGUGUUCAGCGGGUGUUGGAAUUUUGCUAGUGAUAUUAGAGUGAUCAACGCGGUGGAGACCGCUGGUGGAUGGUGAUCGUGUGCAGCCAAAUGUUCAAGUUUAGUUCAAUUUAGUGAAGCAAUAGUUGGUUAAAAACACAAAAUAGUGAAGAGCAGUUUAUUUUUUCAUACAAGGAAAUAGUGAAGUGCGAAGGUGCGAGCUAACGAUUGGACAAACGCAAAAUUCUAGAGUAGCCACUAGAAUUCGUAAUUUGGUGGCAACAGUGAAGACCGAUUCAUAGGAAAGAGAAAUCCCUUCACUCGUCAAAACUCUAUGAUGUCUCCCAACACCACGGCAGUCAUGCUUUUGGGAUGUACUGCCAUGGCUCUCUGUCUGCUAUGUGCGGCAAAUGGCUCUCCGAUUGAUAACAACUCGGGAGCAGAUCCACCACUGUUCAGUUCCGAGGCGGAAUCUGACGACCGAGGACAGCACGAGAACUCGCCAGUCGUGUUUCAACAUAUGCUUGCAGUUCGAUCCCCCAAAUAUAACUUCGGACUUGGAAAGAGAAAGUAUAUAAUCACAGAUGUGCCCGGAGCAAAGCGACUUCCGCAUUACAACUUUGGUCUCGGAAAGCGGGCAAGUGUGUUUGAUUAUGAAGAAGAAAGCGUGCCAAGCUGGAACAACGAAUACUCGUUAAUAUCGAAGGACAUGCCAGACUAUGAGACUAUGUCUGCAGAAAAGCGAGCGUCAGGCUACAGGUACGACUUUGGCAUGGGCAAGAGACGAACAUACGAUUUUGGACUGGGAAAGCGUUCAUAUCAGAGCCAGAGUGAUCAGAAGCGACUCCCGAAUCGAUACAACUUUGGACUCGGUCGUCGUUAAUCAAUCCAAAUUAAACAGCAUGAAAUCUAGCAUCGGUUCCGAAUCCACUGGACAUACAUUGACAAAUUAAUCGCCCGGCUGACAACAUAAAUGCCAAACUAUGAUGUCCGAAAUCAACAAAACGAAUGACUGCAUAACCGCGAUCAGCUACUAUACCAACGAGAAGUCAAAGCCACAUUUUUAAAAAAUAUGCCCCAAAAACAAAACUUUAAGUAUUCUCAAUACUGUCUUACUACUAAUUUUACCAUGUCUAUGUAAUGUGAACUGUAGUGUGAAGGAUCAACACAAUCACAUUUGAAUUCCAACAUUGCAUUUACAUGAAAAUAGCAAAUUUGUAUAAGGGAGACGUGUGCUAAUGUGCUAACUAUUAGAAUAACUCUUUAAUAAAUUUAAAUGGUAUACAAAUUAACAUUUUUAAGUACUCUUUCUGAUUCCUAAUGACCCUUUCUCAUUUUGAGAAGUAUGCACUGAAACGAAAUUUUAUGAAACGCAUAAGCGAGAAGAGCCCUGUUGUAAAUAGAAACAAGCCUUGUUUUGAGCGAAAUAAGGAAGCAUAGAUGUAAACACUCCAUCUAACCAUUGACAUUUAAUCAACCCCAAUAUACAAUACUUUACAAGAAGUUGUUAAAUAAAUGAAUAUUAUCUAUUGCCAUAUUUCGAGUAAGUGUGUACAAAUAAUUGGACAUGAAUUACUGAGAAUAAAUACUGUAUAAAUACCAACAAACGAGAAAUAAAUCUACAACAAAAGUAGAAUAAUAA